GGCCGCGCUCGGCUUGCCCGGCCCCGGCGGCGGCAUGUCCGGCCGGGAGAGCGUGCAGAUCCCGGACGACGGCGACUUCGAGCACUUCCGAAGGGAAUGCAACUCGGAAGCCGGCUGGCACCUCACCUACCACCGCUCGGGCAUCGCCGUCUGGAUUCAGGUGCUGGAGGCCGAGAAGUCGCUGCACAAGAUCAAGUGCAGGAUGGAUUGCAAAGAGGCCUCGGCGGAAACGCUCUACGACGUGCUGCACGACAUUGAGUACCGGAAAAAGUGGGACACCAACGUCAUCGAGACCUUCGACAUCGGCAAACUCACCGUCAACGCGGAUGUGGGAUACUACGCCUGGAAGUGCCCCAAACCCUUGAAGAACCGGGAUGUCAUCACUCUGCGUUCCUGGCUGCCGAUGGGCAGCGACUACAUCAUCAUGAACUAUUCGGUCAAGCAUCCGAAAUACCCGCCGCGGAAGGACAUGGUCAGAGCCGUCUCCAUCCAAACAGGCUACCUGAUCCAGGGGAAAGGAGCCAAGAACUGCAGCCUCACCUACCUAGCUCAGGUAGACCCCAAAGGUUCUUUGCCAAAGUGGGUGGUGAAUAAAUCUUCUCAGUUCCUGGCUCCCAAGGCUAUGAAGAAGAUGUACAAGGCCUGCCUCAAGUACCCCGACUGGAAGCAGAAGCACAACCCGCACUUCAAGCCCUGGCUCUACCCAGAGCAGAACCCCCUGCCCAGCCUGGCGCUUUCGGACCUCUCCAUCCAGCACGCCGACUCCCUGGAGAACAUUGACGAGAGCAGCCUGGCCGAGACCAAAGAGGAGCGGGCCGAGGGCAGCGACGAGGACAGCGUCAACUGAGGGCCCGCCGGCCGGAGGGAGGGAGGGGAAGGGCGGGGAGGGGCGGGGAGGGGCGUGCCCACCUACCCACCAAUCCACUCUGACCCACCCGGCCUUCUCCUCGUCUGUGUCACUCCUGUGUUUGCAAAGGAGGAAGGGUGGGCCGGCUUCAUUUAGUGCCAGUCGUAGGAG